AUGGAGAGCUGCCGGGCGCUGGCGCUCUGCGCCGUGGCGGCCGCGCUGAUGCUGGGCGCCCGCGGGCAGGGGCAGCCCUCUCUGCGCCGCGCCCGCGACCUGGGGUCCCCCGGCGGCGGCGGAGGAGGAGGAGGAGAAGGAGGCGGCGAAGCGUCCCGCGAGAAGGAGCUGAUCGAGGCGCUGCAGGAGGUGCUGGAGAAGCUGAAGAGCAAGCGGGUGCCGCACUACGAGAAGAAGUUCGGGCAGGUGCCGAUGUGCGACGCUGGGGAGCAGUGCGCCGUGAGGAAGGGGGCCCGCAUCGGGAAGCUCUGCGACUGCCCCCGGGGGACCUGGUGCAACUCCUUCCUCCUCAAGUGCCUGUGAGCGGAGCGGCCCCGGGCUCGCCGCCGGGCGCGCAGUCACCGCCGCCUCCCGGCCCGGCUCCUCGUCGGCCCGG